CUUAACCUUCAAAUUAACCCCUCAUCCAAGAUCAAUCAGAAACAAAACACAAUGAAGUCUUCAAAUAUUCCCUUGAUCUUAGCCAUUUUCUCCAUGUGCUGUUUCAUUUGCUCAGCACACAACGAGCCACAUGACUACCUAGACGCGCACAAUGAGGCUCGUGCCGAGGUUGGUGUCGGUCCUCUCGAAUGGAGCCCUACCCUUGCAGAAUAUGCUGACAACUAUGCCAAAUCAAAGAUCGAAACCUGCGAAAUGGAACACUCCGGCGGGCCUUAUGGCGAGAAUCUUGCCGGGAGUUCCGACCCGGAAAUGACUGCUGCCGAUGCUGUGAAAUUGUGGCUGGAUGAGAAGAAAUACUACAAUCACGAAACGAACUCUUGUGAAAAUGAAGAAUGCUUGCAUUAUACACAGGUUAUUUGGCAGAAUACUUCUCAUGUUGGUUGUGCUAGGGAAAAUUGUAAGAGUGGAUGGACGUAUAUCAUUUGUAGCUAUGAUCCACCAGGAAAUUUUGUAGGAGAUAAAGCUUACUAGAGCUUCAAUGUUUUCUUCACUUUUAUUUUAUGCUAUGUAAUGUAAUAUAGAUAGUGGAUACCAUGGCAUUUGUAUCAUAGAAAACCAUGCGUGUAUGGUGUGACUUGAGGGUUAAGGUUUCUAUUUUUUUAUUAUUAAAUUAAUUACUUAAUAAAUAAUACUUGGUUA